CGAAGCGUCGUUCAAAAGAGUUGUUGCUGGAGGUGGAAAGAGGUUGGCUAUGGCGGAAUUUUGCAAGUAUUCCUACAACUUUUUAGGAAGCCAGGGUAUCCGCAUUUUUAAUGUGGCAGAAGGUUCCGGUGCAUGAUAGCUAGAAAUUAUUAUUGUUAUUUUUUUUUUCACGAUUUCUAGGUUUUAUAGUCUUGAGGAAUGGAGCUGUAGCUGGCAAGUGCGGGAUUCGGUGCGACUUGAGAUGGUUGCUAUGGCCGUCGUUAUGCCAUCCCAGAACUCCUGCAUUGUGGCGUCAACUUAUGAAGUUCCUUGCGCUUACAGAGCUCUAGUUAAGCCGAUUUCCUUGCAGAGUGUUGCUGCGUCUCGUCGUAGCCGUAAUGGCAAUGGUCGUACUGCUGUAUUUUCAAGCGGUGGAGUGCUGAGUAAAGAGAUUCCUGUGUGUUCGAGUGACAUCCGCUCAAGGGUAGGAUUUCGAACCGACAUUGGACCGCAAUCAUCAGCUGAUAACAAUUGUUCUAGUUCGUCUGAAUCGCGCUUGCAACUGAUUCCAGAUUCUAGCUGCCAUCAUGGACGCCCCAGGACAGUGAGGAGCUUUUUCAGAUGCAAUUGUGCGUCACACGAAAGUCAGGAAACAGUAGAAAAUGAGGGUAAAUUUUCAGAUUCAACCAGUGAUGCUGAUCAAGAGUCAAAAGUUGAUGCUGAGCAAGACUCAUCAAGUGCUGGGGUUGCAAUUGCCAUCAAGAUGCUUAAAUUCUACAAAAGAGAAAUUUCUCCUAUACUUCCUGGCAGCUGCCGCUUUGUUCCAACCUGCAGCGAGUAUGGAAGGCAAGCCUUCAAGAAGUAUGGCGUUCUCAAGGGCGCCAUCUUGACAGCCUGGCGUCUGUCUCGGUGCAAUCCUUUAGGUUUGCAGUGGAAGCGGUUUCGAUCCACCCCGUUGGUUUGAUGAGCCAAGACCGCCUCCAUAUUGAUGACGGUAAUCCGACUCCAGAUGUCUUUGAGGAGCUUUCUUGUGAGCUUUUGUCCACAUCAGUCUUAUGUAGGAAAGAUGGAAGCUAGAAAUGACGCUUCUAAGGAAUUGCUCUAUUCAGAUGAUAAGGUUCUGUAACAUGCGUGCCCUCUGUUUCAUAUAACCAACGAACAUUUCGUAUUUUCUAAUAACAUAGGAUACAUGUAUCAGAACCGCCUAUUUUCUGCUAGACCCUUCUAGCAGAAAAGUAUGAUUUAACUUCUUGAAGAGGGCAGCGUAUGUGCAGCUAUUAGCUAAUCAUUGUAUUCGCAUUACAUAUAUGGAUUCAAAACAAGAUACGACUUAAGAGUUCCGUCUUUCGAGGUUACUAUCUCGAAUGAAUAUACUUCUACAGAA